AUGGCUUUCCCCUCAACAAAAUCAACUACAUUAUUCUUCUUCUUCAUUUUAACCAUCUUUUCAAUAGCCAAAUCCAGCGACCCAGAUCCAAUCGUGGACUUCUUCUCAUCCCCACUCGGCGCCAUCAUCAACGGCAGUUCCUUCACCUUCACAGGCCUUCGCUCAGCCUUCACUGACUUCCCUCCAAAUUUCAAACCCACAAAAGCCACCUUCUCCGAGUUCCCAGCCCUUCUCGGCCAGAGCGUCUCUAUGGCCAUACUCCAAUACCCUGCCGGCACCAUCAACCCGCCCCACACCCAUCCCCGCUCGGCCGAGCUCCUCCUCGUCGUCAGCGGCAGCCUCCAGGUCGGCUUCAUCGAUACCACCAACCAGUUCUUCAACCAGACCCUUCAGGUUGGGGACUUGUUUGUGUUCCCCAAAGGGUUGGUCCAUUUCCAGUUCAAUGCCGACCCUGGAAACUCCGCCACCGCCAUUGCUGCCUUCGCAAGUGCUAACCCUGGCACCGUGUCGUUGCCGCCAACGGUGUUUACCAGUGGGAUUAGUGAUGAAGUUCUUGCUGAGGCCUUCAAGACUGAUGUCGCUGUUAUUCGUAGUAUAAAGGUUGGCCUUACACCACCAAAGAGUUAG